AUGACUGUUUUAGGUACAAUGCAGACUUUGCUUUGCGAUUGGAAUACAGUUCGGGAGAGAUUUAAGAAGCAUUAUCCGGUGAUUUGUUCGUUUUUAAUUCUUCUAAUAAUUCUAUGUGUAACACUAGGUUUGCUGUGUGGUAAAGAUGGCGCCGAUAGUGUUUGUUUAAGUAAGGAAUGCGUUGACACCGCUUCCCGAAUAAUAAACGCAAUGGACAGAAGCGCGAAUCCUUGCGAGGAUUUUUACCAGUAUUCCUGUGGAAAUUGGAUUUUGGAACAUCCCAUACCAAAACAGCUCUCCAGGUACGAUAGAAACGUAGAUCUGACAGAAAAAGUUUUUAAAGAACUCAGAAAAAUUUUGGAGGAAGAAAAGUGGGAUGGUAUUCAAAUACCGGAGAGUGUAAAGAAGGCUAAAGUUUUGUACCAAGCAUGUUUAGAUACAGAUGCCUUAGACAAAAUAGGGCUAAGCCCGAUCUAUAAAGCCCUAAAGUUGGCUGGGCUGCCAAAAAUCCCGCCGGAUAAUCAAACAACUGUUAAUUUUGACUGGAUGCGAACAAUAGUUGAAGCCAAACGAAAAAUCGGCCUAAAUCUAUUGGUUAACACGUUUAUUUCGGAGGACUUCAGAAACUCAAGCGUAAAUAAGAUUACUGUAAGUAAAGGGAAAUGUUUUUGUGGCCGUGUUUUGCAGCGAAAUUCUUGUAAACUUAUUUUCUGCCUAAAUUUCAGCAUAAUCUGCUUGAUGAAGGAUUUUUAAUUAAAU